ACCCGGAAGUGAAACGCACAAAAACAACGUCAACUUCCGUUGAUCAGAAAGUCUAGUGUUAAGUCCCCGUCAGAUAUUCUUUAAUGUAUUCGUUUUAUCGAUUAAAAUGGAUGUAGUUAUUUAUAUUGUAGCUGCGGUUAUUCUGCUUUGUUUGAUCGUGUUUGCUGUGAAGGUUCGUGGACGCGCUGAAGAAGCAGAAGAUCGUGAACACAGUCAGAAUGUCGCAGCUCGAGCUGCAGCGCGUCCGCAGCCGGUGGAGGACAGGGGUGCUGGGAUGCCUCGUCGCCGUAGAAACCUCCACAGCCGAAUGACUGCACAGCAACGCAUACAGCAGGACACAUCAGACAACGAGGCUCAUCCUAUAGAAGAAGAUGAGAAUCAAGAGGAUGGACAUCAAUCUGAAGAACGCCCUCAACCCGCUGGUAAAAUUGGGGCAAAGAAACAGAAAAAGCUGGAGGAGAAACAAGCGAGGAGAGCUCAGAGAGAGGCUGAACUGGAAGAGCGAGAGGAGAGGAAGAGGAUGCAGGAGCUCCGAGAGCAAGAAAGACAGAAGGAAGAGGAGAACGAGCGACUCCAGGAGCAGAAACGGGAUGAGGAGUUACGUCGAACCAAAGAGGAGCAGGAGAGGAGAGAAGAGGAGGAGUAUCAGAGGCUAAAGGAGUCGUUCGUGAUUGAGGAGCAGGGGGAGACAGAGGAGCUCAGUGAACAGGAGUCUCGUAACCUCCUGCAAGAGUUCAUCGAUUAUGUAAAGACAUCUAAAGUGGUUUUGUUGGAGGAUUUGGCAUCUCACUUUGAAAUGCGCACACAGGAUGCUAUUGCUAGACUGCAGGAUUUGAUGGCACAAGGUUUUCUCACAGGCGUGAUUGAUGACAGGGGGAAGUUUAUUUUCAUCACCCCGCAGGAGCUGGACGCUGUGGCCGAGUUCAUCAAACAGAGAGGACGCGUCUCCAUCACAGAGCUGGCCCAAGCCAGUAACACCCUCAUAAACCUCAACCCAGAGAUCCAGAGUAACGCGUGACCACAAAGACUGAAAAUUAAAAUAAAUACAAAGAGUUGUAAAUAAA